UUCAAGAUGGCGGAGGCCGGCGGUGGGCCGGUCGGUGGUGUUUACUGGAGUCGGGGUAUUUCUGAUGGAAAACAGCCAAUGGUAUCUGUUUCAGGAGUGGCUACAAAAGGAAAUUUAAGAACAAGGUGUUUGCCAAAAAAUCAGAAAAGUGAAACUGAACUAAAGGUGCCUGCAGCUGCUGCUUCCAUUCCCAUGGAUCCUGUUAGAAGCACAGGAGAUCUGACAGGGCAGCAGGUCACAAAUGAAGGAAGAAUGAAGAGUGCUUCUUUAAAGGAUUUGUGUCCUGAGGACAAGAGGCGCAUUGCAAACUUAAUUAGAGAACUUGCCAGGGUAAGUGAAGAAAAGGAGGUGACAGAAGAACGGCUGAAAGCUGAACAGGAGUCAUUCGAGAAGAAGAUCAGACAGCUAGAGGAACAGAAUGAACUUAUCAUCAAGGAAAGGGAAGAUAUCCUUUAAAAUAUGUGCGGGGGCUCACUGUCUGAAAUAAAAAGUGAACUGCAGAGAAAUAAUUGUUCUAAUU